AUGUCUGCGGACUUGCUAGCAGAAUUCGGUCAGGACUCGGGGCCUCCGCGAAGCUCCGCAGGCAACCCACCAGCUGGACGACCACAAGAAACUUCUGUGACAUUUAGUCCAGAUCACAACGAUGAUGAUUUCUUCUCUUCCUUGACGACGGGUAAUCAACAGAGAAAGCCCCAGGGAUUCCUUCCGGCCCCAUCAGCAAACCAGUACCCAACCCCGGCUUCGCGACAGCCGCCGGGCUUCGAGCUAUUCAAUCUGCCUAGAAGCGAGAACAGCGAUGUGCUAUUUGACGCCGAAACCGACGCACCAUCGAACGAUACAGAAGAUGACUGGGGAGAUUUUGAAGAGCCAGAAUCGACUAUCACCAAUUAUCAACCACAACGCCCUGAAAUUAACAUACCUGAAGCCCAGCCGCGGGUAGCCAAAUAUCAGUCAGCUCAAAUAGACUUGCUGGGUUCACUGUCACUAGCAGACUCAACGCCAACUGCGAAUAGACCAAUUGGCAUUACCCAGAAGACCUCAGCAUCUACCAGCAAUGCGCCAGAACCAACAUGGGACGACGAUUCAUUUGGAGACUGGGAUGAAUUUACAGACGCACCUUCUGUCAAUACGGCCGCGAGUCAGCCUAAGGCAAAAGCUACUCUGAUGAAAAGCAAGCCCAUUACCAAGCAAACUAAGAGUAUCAGCACGACUCCUGAACAAGCAAGCCAGGAAGAUGACUUUGAAGAUUGGGGCGAGUUCACCGACGGGCCAGCAGAACCAGCAGUGGCGCCCAAACAGAACCCCAAACCAAAAGCAAAGUCACCUACACCACCAACUCCAAACCCUCGGAGCUUUUUAUCCUCCGCGUCAACUUCACCCCCAACGGUUCGACCCACCAAUAUCCCACCACCCUCAGUCCUUCUCUCCCUCCUGGUCGAUAUCCUCAGCGCACUACAAAAGGAAGCUCUAAAAGCCCAACCGCGCAGCACACCGCCCGCUCAAAAAGAAGCAACUGCUAUCAAGAUAUAUACUACCCUAACAACAUCAGCCCGCAUAAUAGCCGGCCGCAGUCUUCGCUGGAAACGUGACACAAUCCUCAGCCAAAGCAUGCGCAUCGGCCCAGCAGGUAAACCCGGCGGCAUGAAAUUGAGUGCGGUGAACAAACAUGAAGAUGUCAAAGAGUCACAGGAUGCUGUUGAUGUGUUAAGGCUGUGGCGUGAGCGUGCUGCGUUGUUCAACGCUAUCGUGCAAGGCGUGGGGCAGAAAGCUCUUCCUGUAUUUACUGAUCCCACUGCUUUGAAGGUUGUAAUGGCGCGUGCUGAGGACGGAGCGAUUAAGGCCUCGCACCCUUGUGCGCUUUGUGCGCUUAAGAGAGAUGAGCGGGUUUUGAGGGUGGAUGAUGGGGAUGUGAAUGAUAGUUUUGGGGAGUGGUGGACGGAGCAUUGGGGACAUACGGGGUGUAGGAUCUUUUGGGAGGGGAAUAAAGAUUUGCUUUUGCAGCGGUGA